CCUGGCUUCCCGGAGGAUCCUGCCGGCUGGUUUUCAUGGAGAAAGUCCAGGGAGAAAUGGAGAUUGAGAGAUGGGAAAGAAGUGAGGAGAUCUCGGAGGCAGAGAAAAAGGUGAUUCAGGAGACAUGGAGCAGAGUAUACGCAAACUGCGAGGACGUCGGGGUCUCCAUACUCAUCAGGUUUUUUGUGAACUUCCCCUCGGCCAAGCAGUACUUCAGCCAGUUCAAGAACAUGGAGGACCCGCUGGAGAUGGAGAGGAGCUUGCAGCUGCGUAAGCAUGCCCAGCGGGUCAUGGGUGCCAUUAACACCGUGGUGGAGAACCUCAGCGACCCAGAGAAGGUCUCCUCCAUCCUGGCCCUCGUGGGCAAGGCCCAUGCCCUCAAGCACAAAGUGGAGCCCAUCUACUUUAAGAAACUCACUGGUGUCAUGUUGGAGGUCAUUGCCGAAGAGUACGCUGACAGCUUUACCCCGGAGAUGCACACUGCUUGGACCAAGAUGAAAACCCUCAUCUACACCCAUGUGACGGCGGCCUACAAGGAGGUGGGCUGGGCGCAGUACCCAAACGCCACCCUGUGAGCAGACGGCGGGGACGGGCGAGGGGCAGGGAGGGAUGCGCUCGCACCAGGACUUCUCUCUGGUCUCUUCUUCUCAAGGUCUCCGCUUGGUCUGGAGAAUCCGCUGGGGCCAGCUCUGUUAGCUGCCAAGUCAAAAUUUGAUCUCCAUGGGGUUAAAAAAACAAAACAAGCCAAAAA